GCAAUACUUCCCAAAAUUCGGCAAAAAAAAAUAAAAUGGUUUUAGAAACUUCUCAGAGCGAACGUUUAACAAAUGAGGAUUUUAGAAAACUAAUAUCAGCUAAUAAAAAGAAAGACCGGGAUUUGAAAAGAUCUGAAAAGCACCUCAAAAGACAAAGGGAUAAUGAUUCCAAAACUAAUCAGAAAAAGUUUAAAGAGGGUGGUAAAACUGACGAAAAAAAAACAGUUGAUAAUGAUGAAGAAAAGAAUAGAUUAAAAUCGAUAAAUAAGGACGACUCCGAAAGCUAUAAUGAAAGAAGAAAACGGAAAAUGUAUUUUGCAAAAUUAAAAAAGGAAGAAGAAGAACGUGAAAAAAUUUUAGCAGCCAAAUAUCGAGAUCGCGCUAAAGAGAGAAGAGAAGGAGAAAAUCCUGAUUAUCAAAAUGUUGAUUUGAUAAGUGCCACUUCUGGUUAUAAGGCUGUAGCCCCUGAUUCUAAAACUACAGAAGGAGCAGCUGAAAGACGGAAGCAAAUGAUACAAGAAUCCAAAUUUUUGGGUGGAGAUAUGGAACAUACUCACUUGGUUAAAGGCUUGGAUUAUGCUUUAUUACAGAAAGUCAGGAGCGAAUUAACCGUCAAGGGGAAAUACGUAGAUGAAGAGGAAAUUGGAGAUGAUGAUGAAAGGAUGGACAAACAAGCGAAUGACCAAAACUCAACUACGCCUAACAAACCUAACAACAAGAAAACCAGCCAACCCGAAUUUCUUCCCCAUUCACAAAGACAACUCGUCUCGGCCGCCCGUGAUCCGUUAGCAAAAGCCAUUUGCCGCGCGCUAUAUGGAAAUCAGGAAUUGCCACGUGUCAACGAGCUUUUCGCGGUUCCUCGUCGUUUAGCCUAUGUAUUUGAUAUGAAGGAACAGGAAGAAGAGGGCUCUGAAGACGACGAUGAGGAGGAUAGCGAAGAAGGCGAGGAGGAACAUGGAGAUGAAGAAAUUGAUAGUGACGCUGAGGGUCACGAUACAAAGCGAAAAUCGAAAAAAAGAAAAAAAGAUAGACAAACGUUGAAAGAUAUUCCUACCACGCUUUUAAGGAGUAAAUCCGAAUGUCCGGUGUUAGAUACUCAAACUACGCUUACUACCAACGAUAUCGUUAUUAACAAAUUGACUCAAAUUUUGUCAUAUUUAAGACAAGGGGUCAGGGGUAAUCCUGGCAAAAAAAUGAAGAAAAAGGGAGAACAUCACGAAAAUAAGGCCAACCUUGCCAGUAAGUUGAUGAGCAAAAUAGAUGAUAGCAUAUAUGGGGACAUUGGCGACUACGUUCCGGCCUCCUCGCUAAUCAAGGUCAAACAGACCUCGCUUCAUCAGGCCAAGCUUAAGCAGAAGGAGAGUAUGGAUUCCUACAAGCUAUCAGCUUCUAACACGCAUGCCAGGGAUAAGGUGGAUGAGGUGAUGAGAAAGGCGUCCUCUUAUUUCCAAGACACUUUGAUCGAUGGGAAUGAAGAUGACAGGUUGGACGUUGGCAAGGGUAAUAAUAACCACGAUCCUAAGAGCGUUGGAUACACUGGUAAAAAUAAUGCUAAGGGUAACAUGGAAGAUGCGGAUGCGUUUAUAGAUUCCACCAUAAAAAUGGUUCAAGAGAUUGGGAAGAAAUUUAAGGCUGGUCUAGACGGCAAAAAUAUGGGGAUGGAUGAAAAGGACCAAAGAUAUCUAGCUCUCUUGAACAAAGAAACCAAGGCUUCUAAAAAAGACCAUUUAUCACUGGCAUCCGCUUCAACAAAUACUUACGCCGAAUGCUAUCCUGGUUAUCACGAUUCUGCUGAAGCUAUUUACGAUAGUGAAGACGAGGUUGAUUUUACUAAAAUGGACCUGGGAAACAAGAAAGGGCCCGUGGGUAGAUGGGAUUUCGAUACGCCAGAAGAAUAUUCGAGCUACAUGUCGACCAAAGAAGCUUUGCCAAAGGCGGCAUUUCAAUAUGGAGUUAAGAUGAACGACGGAAGAAAGACCAGAAGAACUGGACCUAAAGACGAAAAAAUGAAAUUAGAUCAAGAAUGGCAGAAGAUUAGCAAAAUUAUUCAGAAGCGAAAAGAUUGAAAUUAAUUUUUUCAAAAUUAUAAUAAUUACCCCUAAAUAUAUCUAUGUAAAAUAUUGUUUUUUAAUCACACUUUUGUAAUAUUUAUAUCUUACAUAUUUUAAAAAAAAAAUUAUUUAUAUUAUCAAAUUAACAUUAUAAUAUGGCUAAUUUAUUUAUAAUAUCAUUU